AUGAUGAUGGCGCAACCGUUUCCUGCCCAUCAAGGCAUGCCACAGCACGCCAUGCCCCCGGGUCACCACCCAAUGGCCGCUCAACAUCCAAAUGCUGGACAUCCAGGACAAGGAAUGGUGCAACAGAUGCAUCCUGGUGUUUCCGCUCCAGGUGGGCCUCAAGUCAGCCAGGCGGGACCCAUGAUGGGGGGUAUGCCCCCGGGCGCUGGAACCGCUGGCCCUGGGGGCCCCAUGCCGAACGCCCAUGCUCUUUCCCAUCUUAGUCCCGCCCAAGCGCAUGUCUACCAACCCCAGGCAUUUUCUCAGAAUUGUAAGUUUCCACCGGCUUUUCUCCUUUUUUCCUUUGUUGGUGUAUAUAGUCUCUCAUAUGAGAACAUGACCCGCCCCGGUCGCGGCCCAACGUACUGCUCCGAUGGGAUCCCUCCCACCCCAGUCAUUGCUCUUCGCGGACACCCACUAAUCAUUUGA